AUGUCGGAAGAGACACGGGAGGGAAAGAAAUCAGAGGAGGAACUCGUCUCAGGAGCGAUGAUCCGAAAACGCAAAGGAGAGGAAGAGGACAAAGAGUACGAUUACUGCGUAACCCAAGUGCCACUUAGACUUGCUUCCAUCAACGAUGAUCUAUUCAGGAACGACACUCAUUUCUCAUAUUCUGAAAAGGGUCCGCUGGCGUUCAUGGGAAAUUACAGGCCCAAGACCGAUGCCAUGAAGGUCGAUGCCAUGCAGGUCAAUAUCACCUUACUUGGCUUGUACCUGGGUCAAUUCCAAGGCUCUCUUGAGAAGGGCAUGAGCAUCAAAGUCGAUUUGUUCUCUAUCAAGGGAGACAUCAGCUUUCGCUUGGGAUUGUACAAUUCAAAGAAGAGAUCUGGGCAAAGUGGACUCUCACAAUGA